AUGAUCCAAGAUGAGAGCGAUUUGGAUGAUUUUGAGGACGAUGAAGAGGACGAUGAAGAUGAAAAGGUAUUCAAUAUUCUGAAAAAGGCGAGUCAUAUAGAUAAUUUUAAAAAUGAAGAAAGUGAAGAUGAAGAAGAUCUCAAUGAAGAAGAUGACGAUUUAUUCAUGAAUACAGACAUUAUAGACGAAGAAACGAUUGAAAAUAGCAAACAGGCUAAGAAUAUAAAUUUGAAGAAAUUAACUCCAGAGCAACUAGCUAAGGAACAGAAGAAGAUCAAGAAAACAGGGGUGUGCUACUUGUCAAAAAUCCCUCCAUAUAUGAAGCCAGCAAAAUUACGGUCUGUUUUGUCAAGGUUUGGUAAAAUCGAUCGUUUAUUUUUGAAGCCAGAAGAUAAUAGUACAUACACGAAGAGAGUGAAAUAUGGGGGGAAUAAAAAGAAGAACUAUACUGCUGGGUGGGUCGAAUUUAUCAAUAAGAAAGACGCAAAGUUAUGCGCUGGAACAUUGAACGGUAAUAAACUUGGUGGUAAGAAAAGCUCAUAUUACUAUGAUGAUAUAAUAAAUAUAAAGUAUCUUUCAGCGUUCAAGUGGUUCGAUUUAACUCAACAAAUAGCUAAGGAGAAUGAAAUCAGACAAGCUAAGUUAUCAAUGGAAUUAUCUCAACAACAGAAGUUGAAUAAGAGUUUCAUUAACAAUGUGGAAAAAUCUAAAAUGAUUAACAAUAUGCAAAAUAAACGUAAGGCAAGACAAGCAGAGCUGGGAGCCGAUAAUUCAAACAAAGAAGAAUCUGAUAUCAGACGUAAUUUAAAGCAACGUAAAUUAGCAAGUACUAGAGCUGAUGCAGAAGAUGAAUUGAAGCAUAAAUCCAAACCGAAUGAAAAGUUGAACGACGUCUUGUCUAAAGUUUUUUAG